AUGGAUAUUGCUAAGCAAGAAAAAAUAAAAAUGGAUCAAUAUCAAGAAGUAAAAACCAAUGAAGAAGAUGUCAAUGAUGGAAAACCGACGACGAAAUCGAUAUUUAAGCAAGUCCUGAUAUGCAGUUCCGUGUGGAUACAGUUUGUUAUGGCCGGUCUUUGUGUGGGAGCACCCACAGUGAUAGUACCGCAGAUAAAUAGAGAAGCAAAUUCUACUAUAAUUGACAGCGAUUUGACUUCUUGGAUAUUUGCCACCCUUACCAUUAGCAAUACUCCAUGGGUCAUAAUUCUACCAUUCUUCACUGAACGUUUCGGAAGAAAAAUACCACAAAUUAUAACGACUUUUGUCUCCAUCGUGGUAUUCCUUUGCUACUACGCGAGCUCGAACGCGUAUCACAUCAUUAUAGUUGAAGUGAUUCAAGGGUACAUGCACACGAGUAAUUUAACUGUCGCUAUUAUAAUCAUCACGGAAUACACUAGCCCAAGAUUACGAGGCACAUUCCUGACUGUGACUGGAGCAGCAUUUUUCUGGGGCAUUUGGAUUGCAAAUGCUAUUGGCACGUUCUUCCAUUGGAGAAAUAUAACUAUUGUUGGAUUCAUCUGCUCAUUUUACACGCUAACAGUGUUUACGUGGCCAGAAUCUCCAUAUUGGUUGGCGAGUAAAGGUCGUUUUGAUGAAUGUAGAAAAUCAUUUAGAUGGAUACAUGGUUAUACGUCUGAAAAGGAAUUGCGGGAAAUAAUUUCGACCAAGCGGGAGGAAAUGGAGAGAAAAAAAACUGAAGUCAAAAUGAGCUUUUGUAGUACUAUACGAACACCAGAAUUUUAUAAGCCAAUGGUUCUUGCGAUUGUGGCAGUCCUCCAAUAUCAGUUUUCAGGAAAAAUGAUUUGCAGUCUGUUUAUUCUAGAUAUAUUUAAGACAAUCACAACAUCUGAAUCAACAGCUUAUAUGGCUAUGUUAAUUUUAAACGGUGUCACAGUUAUUAGAUUGGAUGGUUCGUUUUUAUUGUACGGUAUUACAUGUGGUCUGUGCACAUUAUACCUGUUUAUAUAUUUGCCGGAAACUAAAGAUAAGACCCAAUGUGAAAUUGAAGCAUUUUUCAUAGAUAAGAAGGAAAAAGAUAAUAUGCCUACUCUACUUUAUCGA